CCCACCUGGCUGAGGAGGCAGCGCCAUGGCGGCCGCCGCGACCCUGCCGCGGCCCGUCACCCACCUGCUUUUUGACAUGGACGGUCUCCUUCUGGACACCGAACGCCUCUAUUCAGUGGUGUUUCAGGAAAUAUGUGAUCGCUAUGGGAAGAAGUACUCGUGGGACGUGAAGUCCCUGGUCAUGGGUAAAAAGGCGUUGGAAGCGGCGGAGAUUAUCAUAGAGGCCCUGCAGCUGCCGAUGUCCAAAGAGGAGCUGGUGGAGGAGAGCCAGACGAAGCUGAGACAGGUGUUCUCCACGGCCUCUCUACUGCCAGGUGUUGAGAAACUGAUCCAGCACCUGCGGAAACACAACAUCCCCUGUGCCGUUGCCACCAGCUCGGGGGUGGCGUCCUUUGAAGAGAAGACGAGCCGACACAAGCAGUUCUUCAGCCUGUUCCAUCACGUCGUGCUGGGGGACGACCCGGAAGUGCGGAGCGGCAAGCCAAGCCCAGACAUCUUCCUGGUAUGCGCAAAGAGGUUUUCGCCCGCUCCACCUGCCAACAAGUGCCUCGUGUUUGAAGACGCUCCCAACGGGGUGGAGGCGGCCCUGGCGGCGGGCAUGCAGGUGGUCAUGGUCCCGGAUGCAAACCUGAACCGAGACCUGACCAGGAAGGCCACCGUGGUGCUAAAUUCCCUCCAGGAUUUCCAGCCCGAGCUGUUUGGUCUGCCGCCCUACAACUGAGCGGCCGGCCGAUCUGUCUUCAGCGUCCACUCCGGGGGCCCCCACAGCCGGCGACACGAGUGAACAAAGGACGACUCCAGAUUGCCACUUGCACCCUCAUUUCAGCUACCUCCCAGGACAUGUUCUUUUCUCGCUCCCAGGCUUCUCAUGAGUUAAUGGGACGCCUGCCUUUUCACUGGGCGGGUGCGGCCUGCUCGCUCAAAAGUGCUGAGAAACCAUAACCUGAUACUUGAAAUAAAAUGAAGUGUAGAGGCAGCCCCGAAGACAGAUCAAACUCUAACUACCAUUUGAAUAAUUAGGCUGAUUGGACACAUGGUACAUACACACAUACGGAGAUGUGUGUAUGUAUUUAUUUGUAUAUAUAUGUGUAUAUAAGCAUAUAUAUGUACAUAAAUUUUUCUUUUCCAAGACAGACUGAAAUUAUAUUGGCGUUCGUUAGUUUUUUAAGCAGUAGCUGGAAAGUGGGAGUCCCCAGGAGGCAAAAACGGUUAACUGCUCACUCGACUACUAACCGAAACGGGGCAGUUCAAACCCACCCAGAGGUACCUCAGAAGAAAAGCCUGGCAAUCCACUUCUGAACGUCAGUCAUUGCAAACCCAAUGGAGCUCAGUUCUACUCUGACAUAUGUGGGGUCACGGUGAGUUGUUGUCGACUCGACGGCACCGCAAGUGGUUUGGCUGCAAAAUGUAACACGCAUACAUAUAUGUAUGUGCCUGUAGAUAACAUGUAUGUAUGUUAUAUACUGCCUUAGUCUCCUCAGUGUUGGUCUUAACAUGUAAUAAACCAAACCAAACUCACAGCCAUCGACUCGAUGCCAACUCAUAGCGACCCUAUAGGACAGAGGAGAGCUGCCCUGUAAGGUUUCCAAGGAGCAGCUGGUGGAUUUGAACUGCCAACCUUUGGGUUAGCAGCCAAGAUCUUAAUCACUACACCACUAGGGCUCCAGCCUGCAAUAACAACUAAUGCAAACAAGACGGUUCGAUUCCAUUUGGCUUGUAACCCGAGUGAGAAAGCCAUGCAGUUGAUCACACUUGAGAGAGAAUCUUCUCGUGAGGAACUCUUAAAGUUCCUUUUGACCCCCGCAAACAUCUCUUUAGACUUUCAGUCAGAGGCCGGCUCCGAGCCUUGGAAUCCACACUUACCUUGUAGUAUGGAUGUAAGCAUAGCACGUACCGUAUUUAUCCACACCCUCGUCUAUACUUGAGAAUGUUGCUACCUUACUUCAGCGCAGUCAUCUCCCAGCGUGGAGAAUGUUCAUCUCCUACUGCAGUCUUCGAUACAAAUAUAAGUUUAUUUUCACAGCACAUACUUGACAAGAUUGAGCAUCGUGGCACACUUUUGGGAGGAAUUGUGGGACGUUAUCUGUCUGCGGUUAGCCCCUCUUUAUAGAUUUAUUCUGCCUUUGAGAUUUGUCCGUAAUGCAUCUGGGCACAAUUGUGAGCCUUCGAAAUGGGGAAGAAGGGUUACUGGGCAUUCCGUGUGUGGUGGUGUAUCCUUUUAGGUGCCCUCUGCCGUUGAUUGUUAGUUGUGGGACAGUCACGUGACACACGGAGUUGCUGGCUGGGGCCCUUGUCCAGUGAGUGCUGCCCCUGGCUCCUGACCAGCUUCGUGUCUGUUUACCAAAUGUGUUUCAGCAUCCCUGACUGCCCGUGUCUGUGGCCUACUCCUUGAAUUCUCCCUUGAACCUGCUGUAUCAUCUAAUAGUUCCCUUGUUAAGUUAGUUAAAUAACAUUUUUGGAACAUGUUCAUAGUUAUUUGUAUGAGAGUUAUGAUUUUACCUUUUGUUUCUUUGUUUUGGUUUUAAAUUAUCCAACACAGGUAACAGAUGUAUGUGACUUUUUUUUUUUUACCCAAACGGGACUCAACUGUUGAUAUAUUUUAACGGAACCCUACUGUACUUGAAUAAAGACUCUCAAUGAAA